CAAUGCUAAUUCAGUUCAAAGGGCGUUUUUGUCGAGGCAACAGCGAAAUCGAAACGAAAUGCAGCCCAGGCAGCAUAACGCGCCCGUUACGCUGACAACCCUGAAUGAUGAUUGCCUGCUGCUGAUCUGCGCCCAGCUCUCAAUUAAGGACCAAUUCGCGCUGCUGCGGCUGGGCGGACGGCUGCGUCCGCUGGUGCUGCAAAUUUGGCAGCGUAAAUAUGCCAGCGAAUUCGAUUGGCAGCAGGAGCCGCAGCAGUUGGAGGGCCUACGCGCCAGCGAGCAGAGCCAGCUGCUCGGCCACAUGGCCCGGCUGACGAGGGCGCUGCUUAAUCUCAGCGUGCGGCAGGCGGAGCUGCCGGACUGGCUGCAAUCGAAACGGAAACGUAAGCGGAAGCGCCAACUGGAGCAGAAGCCGGUAUGCAUGCCCAACAUGCAAAGGCUUAGCUUUGGGGCAUGCCACUCGAAGGCGCUGCUGCGGCAGCUGCCACGGCUCUGCCCCAACCUGGCGCAGCUGCAGCUGGGCGGCUGCGUGGGCGUGGAAGCCGCGCAGCUCUGCCGCGCGCUGGCCCAGCUGCCGCAGUUGAGCCAAUUUGAGCUGCUGCCAGGCAGCGGCAUCUGCGGUGCCACGGCAACGCCAGCCUUGGCCGACAUUGAAUAUUGCCAAACGCUGCUAACGCUGAAAAUUCCGGCGUGCGCGCUGCGUGCGGCCAGCAAGGAAAUUGCCCAGCUGCCGCAGCUGCGCCAGUUGACAGGCUUCCUCUGCUGCAGCGGCGACAUUGACAAUGCCGACAAAGAGAAAGCGAAUGCUGGCGGAUUGGCCACCGCAACCGUAUCCGCCUGCCUGGCGGCUCUCGGCCGGGGUGGUGUUGGUGGUGUUAAUGGUGUUGCUGGUGUUGGCGGUGCUGCCCGUCAAAUUGUGGCAUUGCGUUUGCAAUGUCAACUGGAUGGCAGCCUGCUGCGUCUGCUGGCUGGCCACUUGAGCGUGGUGCACCUGCAGCGGUUCGCUUGGCACUCACAGCUGAUGGUGCACUAUGAUGCCACGGAUGGCAGCAUCAAGUGGCUGCCGCAGGCGCUGCAUGUGCCGCGUGCUCUGCUCCGGUUUAUUGUCAGCCAGUCGGCGAGUUUGCGUGAAUUGGAUUUCACGCGUAAUGUGCAUGCCACGCCCACAUUCCUAGCACAGCUCGCCGAGCAAAUGGGCGGCUCAGUCGCUGUGCGGCACGACGGCUGCCCCAGGGGCAGGAUGUGCAAACAGGAAACGGAUAUGGACAACAACAGAAACGAUUUGGCUUUUGUGGAGUUUGCCAUUGAAGCAGUUGCCCAAUGAUAAGGCGAGCUGUUGAGGGUAUGCCAAGAGGUUUAUGCGACUACCAGUUA